AUGAUUAUCGAGCUUAAGGAAGAAGAAGAACCAGCGAAGAGAGGGAAAGAGACGAACAUGCAGAGCUUAACAUCAAACGAAGUUGCGGGUUUCGCUGUUGGAGCUCUGCUUCUUGGUGCCACCAUUGCUGCUCCAAAGGUUGAUGCUUUCAUAGCUGCUGCUCAGAGAAGAUUUGGGAUUCUUGAAUCUGUGUCUGACCAUCAUCAUGUCAUGUGUUUCUACAAAACAAACUAUUGCAGGUCUCUUGGUAUGUGUAGAAAAUGUGGAGAUCUUAAGAGUGUAGCUUGUGGACGCUGCAAAGGGACAGGAUCGAUCAAAUCAGGAGGAAUAUUUGGAUUCAACGACUCAUCAUCUAACGCAAAAUCAGUCGCUUGCGAUAAUUGCCAAGCCAAAGGUUGUUUCCCCUGCCCCGAGUGCUCCAAAUCUUGA